AUGCCUUCCACCAAGAGAAAAUCUUGCAUCGAAGCACCCACUAAUGAAAGGAAGAGGUCUCGCAUGGUGAAAAAGAAGAAAGAAGAAGGGAGACAUUGGGGCUACUCAACAAAUUUGAUGAUUUAUGAUGACCCAUGGAAGAUUAAAAAGGAGCUCACAAAGAGUGAUCUUGGAAACUUAAGCAGACUCUUGCUCUCCAAAGAGUUGAUUGAAGAAUUGGUGUUGCCUGUGUUGACCCUUGAAUCCCAAAGAGAGGCUAUGAAUGAAAAAGGAACCAAAAUAAGCAUUUGGGAUGUGGACACCCAAUCCAUGCAUUAUCUUGUCUUCAAGUUUUGGUCCUCUUCAAGAAGCUAUGUUUUCAUUGACAAUUGGACUAAGGAUUUUGUGCUGAGAAGGGGUUUGAAGAUAGGAGAUGAAAUUGGAUUUCAUUGGGAUCCCUACAAGAAUAGGUUUGAUUUUUCUAUUCUUGUUCGUGCUUAA